CCAGCGCCUUUCGGGUUUUUUUUUUUUAAACUGAUGGGGAAACUGAAGCUUAGAGAGGGUAAGUGACUUUCCCCAAGGCCACACAGUUAGUAAAUGUAUGAGGCGGACUUGGAACCUUGGCCAUCCUGACCCUCCUAGUCCGGCGCUUCUCCAGGACCCUCCGAGCUGGGGAGGACGCGAAGUGCCGAGAACUAGGAUGGAGAGACCCCAGAAGACUUGUUUGAGAAGAACAUGGGAGACUCUAGUCCCUUUCCCAAGGGUCCUUGCUGAGGAAAGCACCAUUGCAACUAACUCUAGCCGCUCCCCUGAGAAGACUCUGCCUCCUCACAUUAAGGGUCCGUUUUACCCAGAGUCAGGAUGGGACCGCCUCAAGGAGCUCUUUGUCAGAGAUGAACGCCUGCCAGUCCCAGAGGAAAUUGAUUAUAUUUACAGAUCAGCAGCUUCAGGCGCAAUCAUUGGUUGGAUAUAUGGUGGCAUACCCGCUUUUUAUCAUGCCAAACAACGUUAUAUUUCUCAGAGCCAUGCAGAGAUUUAUUACAACCGGUUUGAUGCUGUGCAAUCUGCCCACAGAGCUGCCAUUCGAGGAUUCAUCCGAUAUGGCUGGCGGUGGAGUUGGAGAACAGCCAUCUUUGUGACUCUGUUUAACACAGUGAGCACUGGUCUGAAUGUAUACCGAAAUAAAAAUGCCAUAAGCCAUUUCGUUGUUGCAGGAGCUGCUACAGGAAGUCUUUUCAGAAUACACUUGGGUUUGAGUAGUCUGGUGGCUGGUGGUAUAAUUGGAGCCAUUCUGGGUGCUCCUUUUGGAAUUACACUCAUGGCCAUACAGAAGUUUCAAGGGGAGACUGUUUGGGACAGAAAACAGAAGGAUCGAAAAGAACUGUAUGAGUCAAAGUUGAAUGAGUGGAAGGCUAGGCUACUUGUUACUGAUGCUGUCACUGAAGAAUUUCAAAGUAACAUAGGGAAAAAUCAAUCAGAAAGAGAUGCAGAGAGAAUUGAAGAGCUGUUAAAUCUUCCUAGAAACCCUUCUUCAACAACAGAUAGUAAAGAUGGGGACUAGUUUUAUUUGUGAUAUAGGAGAUGUUUAAUGAGAUUUUUUUUUUUAUUUAAAGGGAGCUGGAUGAACUCCUGGCCAUGUCCCUAAAGUUUUAAUCGUGAGUGUCAUCUUUGUGUUGGACUGUUGCAUAAAGUAAACACUGACUCUUGAAGUGUCUGUUAAUGACUGGUGCUGGGCAGACUCCCCGAGAGUUGGGCGCCUGUAUCUGUUUUUUUCCUCUAAAUCUAAGAAUGAAUUUAUUUACUUAGUCUUUAUUCUUCCCAAAUGCAAGAAAAUGUUCCCCCAAA